GGGAAUAAUAGCGAAACCGUCAGCGCGCUGCCCGUGUGUGACUGCGUGCGUGCGUGUGUGUAAAGUACGCAAGAGAGCUGGCGAGCUGUGCGUGCGGUGUGUGUCGGUCGCGCAUGUACACAUACCACAGUCAGUCGGUUGUUGUUCGGGGUGUCGAGUGUAUGUGCUUGGGCUAGCUGCUGGCCGUGCCGUGUGUGUGGUUUUUCCUCCCGUUCAUCGUGGGCCUCGCGCGUUUCCCCCGAAAAUUGGACAGCCCCCCACCCCCACAGAAGGCACACGGUGUUUUGCGCAAAGAGCGGUGUGUCCCGUGUGUCUGUAAUCGGGUGAGGCUGGCGGUGCAUCCGAUACCGAAAAAGGGAUAAAUGUGAAGCCGAACGAAGAAGGCAAACAUAGCAAAGUGUGGUUGGAAAUUCGGAAUUUCGGAACCAGAAGAAGGCGAGCAAACAAGGCGGCUACAGAACGCAUGACGGUGUAUGUGUGUGAGUUAGCGAAGUUGUGCGGUCACAAAUAAGGCACCUCCGACGGAGUGAAGAAGGUUGGUGGUGGUUGGCGCCCCUGAGAUGGAUACGAGAGUUGAAAACGAAUGAAAAAAAGGCCCCGGUCCCCGGGAUACGACGCGCCACAGUGAAGAAGUAGUGAUCAGCAAAGCAUAUACAGCCAUUUCGGUGCUUGUGUGCGAGAACGUGUGUGCUUUUGUGUGACGAGUAACAACAAAAAGUGAGGUGGAAGAAAAGGAAAUGAGAAAAGAUGGCUCGCCAAAAUAAUUCUACGCGCAGCAGCAGCGUCAUCAUCAGCCGCGAUGCUGUACGAUCGAGCUGAUCGCGCGACGACGACGAUGCCGAUGAGGAUGAGAAUAAGAUGAAAGCCCCAAACGCAGCAACAGCAACCACAACAACAGUACGGUCGUGAGAGAAGAUGAUGGCGCAGAAGCAAAUCAGUCAGUGAGCACUAGCAAGCAAGCGAGCAAGCAAUGAGCAAAGCCAAAGCGACCCCGCUCGACCCAGCGUGAAAGGCGGCGUGGAGCGUGGAAAACCUCAAAUCACUAUAGGAAGUGAGCAAGAGAAGAAGCAAGCGUGCGUGCAUGUGAGAAAGAGAGAGAGAGAGAGAGAGUGAGUGAGAAAGGGUGUGCAAAGAAACGGGGAGGGUGGUGUGUGGAUCCGAAGGGUUGUGCGUGCAUUGUGAGUGUUUUUCUUCUCCACGCUCGUGUUUGUGUGCGUGCAGGGGGGUCUAUGUUUUGUGUCUGAGUGCACCGAGGAGGCAAGUGCGUUCGCCGCCAAGUGCAAAGUGAGAAAAAGGGAAAGGAAAAAUAGGAAAAAAAGGAUGCGAAAAGGAAAAUUUGAUCGCGCAUAAAACGAGAGGAUAGCGCAAAAGAAGAAAAAGAAGGAGCAGAAGGGAAGUAGUAGAUUCGAUCGUAGUGUGAGUAUCUCAGUAGUGAGAUCGGAAUAGUGAGAGCCGCAGCUUCCAUCACAACAACGUGAGUCGAAAGUGAAUCGCAGUGAAGCGCGGGUUUUCACCAUUUGUUUGUAUUGUUGGUGUGUGUGUGUGCGUACGUGCGUUUAGAGGAGGAAAUUGGCGCACAUUGGUGUGCGAGUUGAGUGCGCCGGUGCGUAAGCGCAUGUUGUGCAGUUGCGUUUGGUAGUGCGUGUGUGUGUGUGUGUGUGCGUUAGUGUUUAGCAAACAUGACGGAAUACGUGCCACCACAUCUCAUCUCGGUGCUGAAGACGUACCAGGACAAAGCGCCCCGGAGUCUGCACGGCCCGGGCCUGUCGCUGGUGCAUCCGAGCAAGGCGAGCAGCUCGACGAUCGUUGUUGGACGGGCGGACACGCCAGACCUGCAUGGUUCUGGCGCUUCACAGCAUCUGCCGCUACACCAUCAACACAGUUCACAGCACGGUGGAGAUCAUGGAGCUUCGCGCGGGAGCAGUGACGAAGAUGUCCAGCCAUCAGCGAGACAGCAGACGCCGAUGGGUCCACCGGUCCCAGGCGUACCGAUCAUGACAACACCCGACCCAGACUGCGGUAUCGUGCAGAUGACCGUACUGGAAGGUAAACGCAUCGGGUGCUUUCUGCUCGGGGGCGAAACCCGACUCUGUCUGCCGCAGAUCUUCAACAACAUCCUGAUGGACUUUAGCGUGGAGCAGAUCAAUCGCAGCAUUCAGGAGCUAAUGAUCUACCUGUACAACUGCACCGAUCAGCAGCUGCAGGAGUUCAAGCGCGCCAACAUCAUCCCCGACACGGCCAAGACCUGUGGGCUGAUAACGCGCACCAACGCCGAGAGACUGUGCAGCUCACUGCUCCACCAAGCGCACGAGCUGCGACCCCGGCUGAAGGGUGGCGGUGGUGUGCUGAACGGAUCCUUCCGCGUGUACCAUCGAUGCUUUGGGAAGGGCGAAGGUCUGUUUCUGCCCGAGCUGUACAGCUUCGAGGAACCGACCUGCAUCGAGUGUGCCGAGUGUCGCGGUCUGUUCUCACCGCAAAAGUUCGUGUGCCACCAGCAUGAGCCGCAGGAGAUCCGCACCUGCCACUGGGGAUUCAACUCGAGCAACUGGCGCUCGUACAUCCACGUGGUGGAGAGUGAAAAGAAUCGGGACGAGCAUGCGCAGGUGCUGGAUAAAAUCUGGCAAAAGGAGCGCGAGAUCGAGGAGCUGGAAUGUGGACGGGUCUUCAUGUUUGCGAGACGAAAGGCGGCCUUCGAAGAUGGCAGUCCAAUUGCCAUCAAAGCGGAACCACUGGACAUUCCACUAAAGAAACCAAAGCUUAUGAGCGACGUUGCAUCGCUAUAUCACUGCAGCACCAACAGUAGCAGCAGUAGCAACAAUGGUGGCGGCAGCCGGCAACAACACUACGCGGCCCAACAGCAACUGCUUGUGCAGCAGCAACAGCACCAUCUGCAUCACCACCAGCAACAGCAGCAAACGAGUGCAGCCUUCCGGCCCUGGACUGCCCAGCAGAAGGCACAGAAGUACGCACAGCAACAGCAGCAGGCGCUGCUCCUGCAGCAGAUGGCUCCUUACGCGAACGGUACGACCACCACGAUCGUGAACGGCACGAUUCGGGCAACCUCACCAGGCGGUACCAUUCUCACCCUCAGUCAAGAACCGCCACUGCUGCAAAAUCCCGAAAACGUUGUCCCCAUGUCCGAGACGGACAAGUUCGAGCGGUCCUACCAACCGAACGUGGCGCUUGUGCCACGUAAAACGAUUCUGUGCGGUAAAGAAUCUUCCACCACAGUCACACCUGCGCAGCGACGAGAGUAUGAUGGUAAAGAUCGCUCGGUGAUCAAGUGCGAGGUGGUGCAGAUCAAGCAGGAAAGUCCAUCGACACCUCCGGCAACGUCGGUGUUAGGGUCGGGUGGCAGCUCGGCAGUGGAUGGACCGAUGCGGUCGGUGAUCAAGUGUGAUGUGCAGAUAAAGCAGGAACGUCCCGGCACACCUUUAUCGAUCGGUCGGUCAAGGGGAGAUAGUCGGGGAGACAACAGUCGAUCACCCGGUCCGCCGACACACAUUCCCGUAUCGCCACCGUCACCACCACCACCAGCACCACCUGGGACAUCGCAUCAGCACCAACUGUCACAGGGUGCGAUCGCGAUCAGUACGAUCAUUGCCAAACAACAUCACCCGCAGCAGGUCUCUUCGAUGGCAACGUACGGCGGCGGCGGCGGCGGCGGCAGCAACAGCAACAGCCCCGGUCCAAUCCCGCUGGAUGUGCCACAUUCUGGGUCGUCUGGAUCGAACGAAAUCACCUCGUCGACGUCGCCGCUACCACCGACCUCCAUCGUUAUAAACAUGAACGGUGGGGAAGGUGUUGCGGGUGGAGACGGGGAGGGAGGAAGGGGAGACAAGCCAAAGCUAGUGCUAAUAAAGGAACCGAUCAGUCCUCCGCUGAGCGCCCAUACGCCCACAUCCCGGCGCACUCCUCCCGGCCAUAUGCUUCAACAGCAGCAAGUAGUAGGAGUUGGUGGUGCGGGCCAUCACUCGCAGCAGGUCGUGUCAUCGCCACCACCUUCCCACCAUCAGCCGCUGUAUCUGCACCAUCACCAGGUGUUACAGCAACCGCAGCACCAUCACUUCCGAUCUCAUCAUCCCGGAACGACGGGCCCGGGCACGACGAUCAUCCACCGGAACGGGCUACCGAUCGUGGGCAAUUCGGAGUUUGAACUGUCGACUGACACGGACGACGACAGUCAGGCGGGCGAGCCGGAUAGUAGCAACGUUCCCUCCACGAUGGAGCUGAUCGGCGAGGUGCUGAAGGAGGUGGAGCAGGAAACGAAGAAACAGAUACUGGACAUCUUCAAUGUGCUGCUGCAGGAAAGCCGUGUCGAGCACCAUCGGCUGCAGAUGGAGAUUCGCGCCAAGGACGAACAGGUGAUGGAGAUGCAGCGGCACAACAUGGAGUUGCAGCGACAGGCGGACCACUUCCAGCAACAGAACCAUCACCUGCGGAACGAUCUUGAUCGCGCGCUGCUGAAGAUCGAUUCGCUGCGAGAGCACCAACAUCAACUCUCGCAACACCACCAUCAUCAGCAACAUCAGCAGCACCACAUAAUGGUGCGGGAAACGUUGGGUGGAGUGGGUGAGUCCAGCACGUCCUCGACGCCUCCCUCGCCCUUGUCGCUGGUCAGCAACGGUAGCAACAGCAACCACAGUCAUCAGCUGAUCGAGCGACGGAACAGCUUCCCGGAGAAGUCGGAGAUCAUCAUGAAGCCGCUGAAGAAGCUGUUGCGCCGGAGUCCGGACGAUUCGACGACGGUGCUGAUGCUGGCAUCGCCACCGCCACAAACCACUGGCAGCUUGCCACCGUCACUGCCAGCCUGCCUGUCAAUUACGGCGACCACCGUGUCGAUACCGGCACCGAAAGCGGCCUCCACUCAGCUGUCGGCCCAGGAUGUGGAGCCGCCAGCGCGGGAAGACAUUCGGCGGCAGCACCACAGCUCCUCCUCAUCCACGUCUCCAUCGCCAACGGGGCAGCAAACGGCGGGAGUGUUGCUACAAUCGCCUUCACCCGCUGCUCCACACCAACAACCACCAACAAGUGCCACCAAUGUACCUGUAUCAACGACAACGAUAACGGCAGUGAGUACCGCAGUGAAUGGCAGUAGUAGUGGUCCAGCGCCAGCGACAGGCGCUGCCAGUUCCGUCUCCAACCCAUCAACUCCGUCGGUGGAGAAUGGCCCUUCAUCGGGAUCUCCGAUCGUGGUAGUUAUUCCGGUGAGCAGCAGUGGGCCGCUGCCAAAAGAUGCCGCUUCACCGAGGCCACCGGUUUCGCGGAGUGUGUCGCCUGUCGCUUCGCCACGGUGCGAUCGCGAUGCCAAAGGAUCCCGUUCACCAACAUCAUCUCCCGAAGGGAAGGAUGACCCGGACGAGGAAGAUGAGGACGAGCCGAUGGAAGACGCGACUCGGGAUGCGGGAUCUCCAGCUCCAGCGGCGGAUGCGAAGGCUAAUGCGGAAGAAAAUGGCGGUUCUCAGACGACGAAAGCGUCGAUCAACGUGAAAGCGGCCAUUGGGACGACAACCAUCACUAGCAACAGUGCAUCGUCCGGUGGCAGCAACCAGGAGAACGAUUCGCCGAACCGCUCCAAAGCAGGCAACAACAACAACAACAACAACAACAGUAGCGCCGGUGUGCGGAGUAGCUGUGACAACUGAUAGUUUGUAAUCCGUUGGCGCUGAACCAGCGGGACGACAUUGUGACGCAACCGGCAGAUCGUAUCCUAAUGUGUAGCGCGUGUUAUUAGCACCUUAAAACUGUUAUUUAUCUUUCGUUACCAACCCUGGGUGAAGUGGCCGUACAGGCAGGGCCGUUGCAGGCCGGUUGCGCGAAAGCUUACACACACGCGCGAACACACGUACACAAAGUGAAGCAUUUUCCGUAGGAUCCGUGCGCUCAGCGGAAGCGCAAAGUCGCAUUGCUUCGAGUUUGUCCAAGCCAAAAUCAAAGUGUUGUGUGUUUUAAUUGGUAUUCGUUUCGUUCCCACCUAAAUUAUUUAUGUCUAGCAGCUUAAUGAUAAUGGGGCACGCAGAACAGAACAGCAGGACGGCAGGAUUAGGACGAGCCAGUGCUCGAACGUCGGUAAUCGAUACGCAACUUAAGUUUAGUCACCGUACAACUAAUGAGCGCUCCGGUCACUAAUCGCGCGAAUUACUGUACACGUGCGGCUAGCGUUACCCAGCAAAUCGUAUAUAGUACGCGCAAAUUAGCAGUUCAUCCGGAGCACAAACGGCACGGCGACCUAGAGCCGUUCUCCGCAUCGCAACAUCGAAAACGUGUUAAAUAAUAAUUAUCAAUCGAGGUACUGUUAAAAAAAAAACCCCCGGUUGAUAAAACAAAAAUCCACAAGUUGUGAAAUUAGACACAGCGCACGAUUAACCACUUCUUCCCAUCUGUUCUGUCUGUCUGAUGCGCGCGCGCGCGCCACUGUCCGGGUUAGGUAGAGUAGGGAGUAGACGUGUGCACGUAGGCUUUAGGUUUCGUUUAAUUAACCACUAAGUGGUUUAAAAUAUGCUAGCUAUAUCGAUAGACGACACGAUAACCGAACACCGAAAUCCCGAAACUGACGAGCAGAAGCAAGUGCACAAGCGCAAACGAGCGAUAGCAAUGGAUAAGAAAAGCGAACUAUCUGCUAGUAGCAAGUAAGUGAAACGGUUUAAGAAAAAAGGAUAAAGUCAAAUGAUAACUACUACUACUACUACUACUACUACUACAUUUAAACAUGUGCACAUAAGCAAAGCGAAAAAAAAAGCAAAAAGAGAAGAAGAACAAAAAAAGAAGAAACUAAACAAAGCAGCUUCGUAAAGAGAGGAUAAGCGUAUGGAACACUUCUUAAAGGUUAAGGUAAGAAAAGCAAACUGUUUUUAAAACAAGCGUUUCACGAGUUAAUCCCUAACGAUAAAGCAUGUAUAACAAACAACACACAAAGUACAGUAGUAGUAGCAGGAGAGGAAGAACAAAGAAGGAGCAAAAAAAAAACAUCGGUAAUUGGUAAAAUCGUAAGAAAUAGUUCACACCUAGCGAGAUGGUUCCGUGCAUUACGAACCGGAACCGAACCGGCGUUCAAAUGCCGCAUGUAAAUAGUUUUCCCAUCCAAAAAUGUAAUGUACCCACACACACACACGGACACACGUGACACUGCGUGUUUUCUUGGUGUGCUCCAGUUUAGUUUUUCACCUUCCGUUCGAACGCCCGUAUCGAAGCGAAGCGUCUAGUGCCAGUUAUUAUUAUCGAAUCCCUUCGCUGCUCCUUGUUUUCUUACGACGCAAAAGUCGGCCGAACUUCUUCUGCUCACGAAAUUCGCUAAAUUAUUUUUCUUCUUUACCAAAAGUAGACAAAAACCGGAAAAAGCUGUCUGUCCCAGCGCCUCUGGGAACCACCUCUGGUGAUGAAUUAUCGUAAAACUACUAAUCACUGUGUCACACAGCGCAGUGUCUAUCGAGGACCUCGACACGAAUUGCCGGCGAAUUUUUGGGCAACGUUUCGCGUUACCUUGCUGGUGUAAAAUCACCGCCGGCAAUAGUUUGGUCGUACUGCGGCACUCCUCAACGCCGCCAACGUUGCAAAGCAACGGAGAGCCCACGGUUUUUCCUUUUCGAUGGGGCAUCUCCAUCGACCGGUUUCUGCCAAAUUGCUGCUAUUCUUACUACCCAUCCUUGUCAAUUUAAUUUAUUAAAAUCGACCAACAAAAACAGCCAUAAAAUGUACGUUUACUUGAGUUUGUCCUUAAUGUGUGUUGCUUUCAAAAAGCAUUCAACGCGUCCAUUUGUGGUGUGCUUAGGUAAGGAAGGAUUGUGCAAGUACAAGUUUGGAUCCAAACAAAAAGAAGACAAAAGUCUUGCUUUCGGUUACGUUUUUCCUUUCGUACUACAGCUAAUGCUUCCUGGUUUAUUUUUAUUUCUCUACAUCGGUGUGAGUUGGGAUAAAAUUCCUUCUAGCUUAAAGCUUCCUUCCUUUUUAAUUAUUAUUCUUUUUGUAAAAUACUUUCUUCUUCUCCCAUCCAAAAACAAAAAAACAAGCCGAGGAAGUCGAACCAACGUGGGCGACACUCGACCUUCAAGGAUACGAGGAUAGGACUCGAGUCGAAAUAUAAAUAUAAAAACAAAUACUAUAUAGAAGCAUAGCAUUGCUGCUGUCGAUCUUAAAUGUAAUUUUUUUGUAUAAACAAAAACCACGAGAAUAACUUUAACGAGCAACCAACAAACAUCUGCAGUCCGUUUGCAAGCAAAACCCCCAUGCUGCUUCUACUAGCGUUAAUGAAACUUACUACGACAAGUGAAGUAAACUCAAAAAAACCCAACAAAGAAAAACCGAACAAAGUCGAAAUGUUACUGAGUGAGUGUGUGUGUGUUUGUAUCUCUGUCUCCUUGGCGCUUGUGUGUGUGUGUGUGCGUGCUGACUGUUUUUGUUCUUUGUUUUUGGGGUUUUGUGAUGGUGUAUAUUGAGAAAAUGGCCGUGUUCAGGGUGCAGAAGCAAACAACGAAUGGUAAAGGUGCAUCCAUAGCUGGAGCUACUGCAAUAAAGCUGCGUCGAUCGAAGGAACGGUUCGAUCUGUGCUUUGGGUGGUUCCCCACAUGCCCCACCCGCUUUGACGAGUAACUGCCAGUUUAAAAAGCAACUUAAAAUUUAAAAAACAAAAUGUCUUCAGCUCUGUGUUAAAAAAACGAAAGAGAAACGUGUGCGGGAAAAAAUCACCCUCAGCAGCCCCAGUUUGUCUUGGUCAUAAAACAAGUACCCACAUGUUUAAAACAAUGGCCAAUUUCAAGGCACACCAGAAGAAUCCGUACAUUGUUUUAAACGCGUGGACGUUUGUUUUGAUGGCCCGUUCCGUACGUUCAGCAUUGGUUGUUCUGUGUUGUUUUUGCAACGGAUGAGUCCCAGCGGAUGGGACACAAAGCUUACCUUAAGAUACGGACAGCGAUAGAUUUAGCGAACUUAAAACCCAACUAGCGAAACUGUUUGCCUUAUGGAUGGUCGAAAAACAAAAAAGAUAACCAAUACAAUCAAGAUCGUGGCGGGUCGAUCGUUUUGCUUUACCGCCACGUAGUAACGCCCUUGGGUGUUUGAAUCCGUGGGGGCCGUUUUUGCAUGGAUUUUUCCGUUUCGAAUUGCUGUCUUUGUAUUUGUUUCUAUUUGCUACGUGUUUGAUUGUGUUUUUGGAAACACUGUUAAACUCACACACACACACGCGCACUUUCAAUGGUGGUUUCAUGUUUUUUGGGGACAGAGAACCGUCUGUCUCUAGGCCCGCGUUGCGAACAGCAAAAAGAGACUAACAAGCAAUUUAGUAACGUAAGAUGCAGGGGAAGGGCGCCAAUCGGGACGAAGAGGGAAAGUAGAAAGGACGAUAAAAUCACACAACACACAACUCCUGCUGACACUGAUAGAGAAAAAACAACAUUCAAAACACAUACAACAAACAUGCAAACACUUACGUAGGGGAGAAUAGGUGAAAAGGAAAGAAAAGAAAAAAUACAACAUAUAACAAUACAAUAAAUAAAUAUACAUAGUUAUAUAUACAUGUACGAUUCACUAUCGUCAAGAUUCACUUUCUAGACUCCUGAUUGCGAAACGAAGUACAAAUUAGAAUGUAUGCUUUAAAAACACACACUCAUAGGGGAAAAGCGAGAACAAAAAGAGGGAGGACGAGGGAAACAAAUCUAAAUAAUAAAAAUAACUGCAUAAAUAAAAUCUUUCAAAACUACCUACUCAAGCACACAAUAAUAAAUGCUACUAAUGAUACUUACAAAGCAAAAACGAAUUCGCCGAUAGAGCCAAUACACCGGAUCGAAAUGCAAUGCCGUUUACCGUUCGAACGCUUUCCGUGGUGUUGUUUUCUUGUCGCAGUUUUUCCGAACUACUUAUUUGAAUGUUUCAUGUGCCAAUUGGAUUGAUUUCGCGUGUUACCGAACUACCGAGCGUUCUUUUAAACUGUUACGAAUGUGGUGCAUUCCCUGCCCUUUUUUUCUUUGAGGUUCAGAAAAAACAGAAAAAAAUAUCUGAAUAUAGAAAAAAAAAGUAAACCCAGUUAUAAAAGUCCUCUCGUUUUUAAGAAGAAAAAUCACAAUUAUGCAUUGCGCCAAACAAUAAACAGAGGAGAAUAGUAAAAGAGGAUAAAAUCAAAACGAACGGUUUAAAAACAAAACAAAAAAAAGCGUAACAAGAUAACAUCAAAUACAAAAACAUAAAGAAAAAAGAAAAACAAACACACACACAUACAAACACAAAAACUGCACCGUUCAAACCUUAGCCAUAACUAUUUUUCUACACUUAAACAAAUACGUCACAAAAGCGAAGAAAAUAUGUGGGAAAUAUAUAAAAAAAAGAAUGGAACAAGAGAGAGCGGUAAAAUAGCAGAAAAAAGCGGUUCAUUAAUCGUACACGAAUUUAAUAGUCAAAUGUGCAUUGUACGUGCGUUAGUGCUGCAAAACUGGCUUUGCAAAUCUGUAUAAUUCAGCAGCAGAGGAAGAUGGCUAACAAAAGCUACACAAAACCAACACUCUGAACACAAAACAUAUAUAUAAAAAUUAGCUAUUUUUUGGGAUCUUUUCUUGAAUGGUUCCAUCCCGACUGGGGCUUUUCUUUCUUGUGUACAGCUCCCGUAGGAUUUUCCCAAUUUAAAUAUUGUGCGCUUUGGGUUUCCUUCUUCCUAGGAAGAAGGAACAAAAAUAGUAGAUCUCUUCGUUUUAUGCACUUGUUGUUGCAGAUACAAAAACUUGUAGCAAAUACACACGGACACACACGGAGCAGGAUCGUAACAGUUUGCGAGAAUCGUAUUCAUAAUUAGCCAAAAGUAGCAAAACAAACUGAAAGUUCUGAAGUAACAAAAACUACCAUUACGAAACACUUACACAGAGCAGCGAGAACGACAAAAAAACCUGUAAAAAUAGUGAAACAUGUAUUGACGCUGCAGCAAACAGUAAUCGGUCUCCGCGAGCAAGUAAGAACACUAUUCAAAUUCACACGUACGUAGCAAAACAUAGAGACGAAGAAACAGAACAAAAAGGUAGGCAGUAAAAAGAAUCAAACUUAACGUGGAAACCAAAAAUUGAUCGGCAUUGUACAAAACCAGAGCAAAACACGACAGAAGAUAAGCCGAGGUGCGACUGAGAGUAAUAAUCGACACGCGAAAAAGCAGAAGAAAACAUUCAAAUCGAAGCAAAAACACACGCAUGCAAGCCGAUAAGUUAAGAAAAGUUGCCGUUUUUCGUUUUAAUUUUGGCUGUGCCUUUUUUUUGGUUUGAGAAGAAAACGAAUUAUUAGUCGAUUUUUGUUAAAUGCCGAAUACAACCGCAGCAGAAGCACCGUCAGCUCGGGUCGGUUCCUCAAACUCCUUUUCGAAGCUUUUGGAGGUUUUGGGACACGUUUUUUCUCUCUUUUGCAUUGCGAGACGUAUUCACUAUAUUAGCGAUCGAUCGGACGCAAUCGGAUGAUAAACGAUUUAGCUGUACGUACUAUUAUUACCUUACUACUACGGCUUUCUGUACAAAUGGCUUCAUGUAUAUAUUUUGUUCUUUUUAAGCUGUCUUAACUCCUUGCGUGUUGGAUAGGCACCCUCGUAAGCGUAAGAUCGUCCCUGUCGUGUUGCUUCGUGAUGACAGAAGUGCGUCUAAUGAUUAAGUGAAUCGCGAAAAAAAAAAGCCAAACAACACACACCCACACGCGUACGCUCUUUUAAAGCGUUGUGGUCUACGUUACUUUUAAUAAGCGCUUAUUAAGCUUCUUCUGCUCGGUUUCGUUUUCCCACAAUAAAAGAAACCCAUACACACUCCCUCUCACUCUCCCGUCUAUAAGUACGGAUUUAGGGGCCGAAAGGAGUCGAAAAGUAGGUAAGCCAGUGCACAAAAAAAAAGAACAAAAAGAAAAGCCCCGAUUUGCCUGCCGCGCACUGUUUACAAAAAAAAAACGCUUCUUUCCGGUGAAAGGGAAAUGGGAUUAUUUAUUUCUAAACAUUUGAGUUUGUGUAUAGAUUUGCCAUUUACAUGUUAUUUAGUAGCUACGGUUAUACUUUAACAUAUAGAGAGAACUGAAAGUCACAAAGCAAGUAUAUGUGAGCGAUGAGCUGAGAUGGAGGUAGAGACCGAGCUCUGAUGAAGGUGUGAGUGCAUGUGUGAGAGUAAGGCUGAUGAUGUCCUGAUUGAUCGAUACCCGAAGCGUGCGCCAUUUUGUUUCGUAGAAUUCCGCAACAAAAAAAAAAAAAGAUGGCCAAAGGGAAAUCGGCGUCGAGCGCAGGAAAAUCAGUCUCUCAAACUAUCGCACUACAGAAAUACCGUACAAUGUUAGCGAAUGCAAAAAAAAAACAAACAAUUAGAAGAAAAAACACCCACACACAAACACAAAUAGGUGUAAGCUUUCAAGAGGAAAAAAGGGGGGCGAACAAAAAGAGAGAAGAAAAUAGAAAAUUCUUUAAAACAAAGUCAAACACUGAAAAAUAACUGUAGUUUUGCAAUCUGAUACAUAAUAGUGGCAAAAGAAACGAAAAGAAAAACACAAACUCACAACAAAAUAAGGAAAAGCGACAAAUGUGCUUACACAUACACACCCGGAAACACGUUAUAUCUGUAGUUGACAAACAAAUAGGAACAAAGAAGAAGCAACACACACACACGUCUGUUUCAUCUUCUACAAAAUAAAAUAAAGAGUAAAAACGAUUAAAAACUAAAUCAACCUCUACAUGCGCAAAACCGUAUAAUCAUAUAGCAAAACAAACAGAAGACGAAAAACGAAACACUGUAAAAAAGAUUGUUUAAGGACACUGAAGUUAUGUAGCUUAAUCGAACCACGCCAUCACGUGUGUGUGUGUGCGCUUGUGAAACAGUAAAACAAUUCGUGAACAUAGAAGAACAACAAAACAGCACGUGCAAAGGAAAUAGAUAAAAGAAUAAGAUAGGAAAAAACGGAGAGAAAGAGAGAGAAAAAACGAUAACACUCACAAUAGCUGCAAGCAAUAAAAUGAACAAAAGGAGAGGGGAAAACUCGCGAGAUAAACACAGACACACACAUACAACAUACAGCAAAAAUUGCAUUCGCAAAACAUUUAACCACAAGAGAGAUGGAGGGGGAUGGAGAAAACAAGAGGAGAAACAAAGAAAAGAGGAUCGAUGGUGCACAUAUGCUGCAGGACGAUGAAAAGAGAAGAAAGCAAGCGCAAGCGACCGAACAUGGCCCCUGCUGGCUUACAAAAA